CCAGCUUCUUCAUCACUCUUCUUCCCCAAAACCCUAGACAAUCGAUUCGGAUUCCAAAAGCUCUGAUUAAUCCGAAAAUGUUGGAGCUACGUCUCGUGCAGGGCUCUCUCCUGAAGAAGGUUCUCGAAUCGAUCAAGGAUCUCGUCAACGACGCCAACUUCGACUGCUCCACCACCGGCUUCUCCCUCCAAGCCAUGGACUCCAGCCACGUGGCGCUCGUCUCCCUCCUGCUCAGAUCCGAAGGCUUCGAGCACUACCGCUGCGACCGUAACCUUUCCAUGGGGAUGAAUCUCGGAAACAUGUCGAAGAUGCUCAAAUGCGCCGGAAACGACGACAUCAUCACCAUCAAAGCCGAUGACGGCGGCGACACCGUCACCUUCAUGUUCGAGAGUCCCAAGCAAGACAAGAUUGCAGAUUUUGAGAUGAAGCUGAUGGAUAUAGACAGUGAGCAUUUGGGGAUACCUGAUGCUGAGUAUCAUUCGAUUGUUAGGAUGCCGUCUAAUGAGUUCUCUAGAAUCUGCAAAGAUCUCAGUACCAUCGGUGACACUGUUGUGAUAUCUGUGACUAAAGAAGGGGUUAAGUUCUCUACUGCUGGUGACAUUGGGACAGCUAACAUUGUGUUGAGACAGAACACAACUGUUGACAAGCCGGAAGAUGCGAUUGUAAUAGAGAUGAACGAGCCGGUGUCACUCUCGUUUGCCUUGAGGUAUAUGAAUUCCUUCACAAAGGCGACUCCUUUGUCAGACACGGUGACGAUCAGCUUAUCGUCGGAGCUGCCAGUUGUGGUGGAGUAUAAGGUGGCUGAGAUGGGUUACAUUCGUUACUACUUGGCUCCUAAGAUUGAAGAAGAUGAAGAAGACAAGGCUUAAGAUCCCUUUUGUACCCAGAGCUUCUUCUGUUCUUACUAAAAUGUCCAAGAUUCAGUCAUGAUGAUUAUGAUGUUUUCCCGUUUAAUUUCCCUCUAGAAUCAGUUGUUUUGUUUGACUUGUUAUGUUCUAAAAUGAUAUGUUUGGUAAAGUUAGUGCUGUUUGAAACUCUUAA